CCUACGUCAGUUGUUAUUUUGUCAAAUAUGUCAUUUUCUGCAACCAAUUGGGACGAUGGAAACCAAUAAGAAUUAAAUAUUCCCGAAAGAGGAAAAAUGUCAGGUUUCACAGAAAUAUUAAAAACCAGACGCAGUUGGAUUAAAUAAUAAUAUAACAAAAUAGUGCCGAGUAGUUCGCGGUUCAUAAAAGGACAGUUAGUAUCUCCGUCUUGUGUUAUAUAACGUAGUUUGUUAGAUUCGACUAUUUUAUAUUGUGUUUAGAUAAUAUUAGUGGUGCCAUGCUUUCAUGCACCCAACAUGGUUUCGCUCCAUAUUGGUAAAUGUAGUCAAAAUAAUCGCUAAGUUCGAUUUGAAUGCGUAAAUUUGCAUCGAGUUAGUUUGUUAGUUACUAUUAUGGACACCCAAGUGGCAUCUCCUAACCCCAACCUGCAAUCAGGGGAUGACAAGUCUGUUGAAGUUGGGGCAUCCUACGCUCUUGCAGUUCAAAAUUUUAAAAGUUCCCACCCCCAACCACAAUGCAGUACUAGUGAUAAAGAAAAUAUAAAAGAACCUAACAAGGAAGAGCCUCAAAUCCAAAAUAAAAUUUUGGUAGAAAACAGUGAUAAGAAAAAUAAAAAUACCGCCGAAGCCUCAGACGAUGACAGCUCUUUUACUCCUGUGAUAAGCCACAGUAGAAAAGAACGUAAAAAUGAAAAGAAGAAACUGAAACAUCACUUAUUCAAUGGCAUUUGUGAGAAGCCAGAAAAGUCUCAUGACAAAAAAGAUUCCCAUGUAGCUAAGUCAAAACUUGAAAGGGAAGAUAAAGAUAAAACACCAAACAAGGAAACUGAUCAAUCUGAUGACAGAAAGGUUUUUGUGGCAGCCCCAUUGCCAAAAAUAAAUCCUUGGCAAAAAAAGACCAGUUCUAAUCAAAACAAGAAUAUAAGUAGAGAUUUGAAAGUUCAAUCAAGCCGAGAUUCAAAGGUUCCGCAGGCGGUUCCACAACCACCUGCCAAUGACAAGAGAAUAUUACAACCAAAAAAACAAGAGGUAGCUGCAAGUGCAAGUAGCCAUAAAGAGGGCCAAAACACUACCAGGCCUGUGACUGACAAAAGGAGAUGUAAUCAAAAGGCUGGCGAUUUUACUGACAUUUGUGACUGGCCUACGCUAGGAGAUCCUCCCCAAGAGGCGACACAACCACCUCCUUUAAAAACUGAACCACCCAAAAAGGUACGUGAGCAGAGAAGGUCUUUCAGUCCUGCAGCCUCACCUGCUUCAAAUGAAAAACCGCAAACUGCAAGCGAACUGCAACAGACAACAGAUGAUAAGAGGAAAAAUUCAAAACACAAAUGGGUUCCUUUGGAAAUCGAUCUGACCAGAGCCCACAAAAAUGACCGCCGACGGAACAAUCACAAUAAUAAUGUCGACCAUCGGCCUGGAGAUGUUCAAUCAACAGUUAGUGAUGGAGAUAGAGACUGGAGGGCAGAGAGCCUUAACCAACAAAAUCAUAGACAAGCUAGACCUGCUUCUGAACUAGCUCGGGGACGUUGGAGAUCAAGAGGGGGGCGAAUGGGAAAAUUUACCAGAAAUAACCGAGGUGCGAAUGAUGCAGAGUCUUUGGAAAAUAGUGGAAAUUUCUCACAGUUUUCCAAGUUCGGUGGUUCUUUGGAUGGUCAAAACUUUGUUGUGCCAUAUAUGGGUACUUACUACUUUAACAGUAAUAACUAUUUAAAUUUAGACGGACCCACUCUAAAAGAAUAUAUUCGCAAUCAAAUUGAAUAUUACUUCAGCGAAGAUAACCUGAAUCGAGAUUUCUUCUUGAGAAGGAAAAUGGACCCCGAGGGCUACUUGCCGAUUACCCUAAUCGCUUCCUUUCACAGGGUUCAGGCAUUAACAAAUAGUAUUACUUUGAUUAUGGAUGCAAUAAGUUCCUCUGACAAAUUGGAACUAACUCUGGGAUUAUUUAAGGUCCGAGCUAAACACGAUCCAGCUAAAUGGCCUAUUCUUGAUAACGGUAGCGAAAAAGAGGAAGAUUUGAUCAGUAAAUUGUUGCCACCUCCACCAGUUGCCAGACACCGCCUUGCUAUGCAUCACACUGAAAAUUUGAAUCCUGAUGUAGCCGAGUUUGUGCCAGUUGAAAAAGAAAACGUUGGACCCAUCGUCAAUAAAGAAAACAAAAAUCCACAAACAAACAGUGAAAAUAGUUUGGCAACCAAAGAAAAAAAUAAAGAGGAAGAUGAAGCUUGGUUGGAAGUGAGAAGAAAAAAUAAAGAAAACAAAGUGAAAAAAGAACCGAAACCAAAACAAGAAUAUGAAAGAGAGGAACUCGAAUUUCAUUUCGAUGAAGAGCUUGAGAAUGUGCCAAUUGGAAGACAAAAUACUUUUACAACUGAAUGGUCUACCGAUGAUGAUAUAGAUGAAUUAAGUGACAAGGAUGUCAAUAAACUCUUAAUUGUUACUCAAGCGCCUCAAGCGCAUCAAGCGCCAUCCACCCGGGCGCCCAAACAUGAAGGAUACGAUCGCACUGGAGACUGGACUACACGAGUUAAGAUGUCCCAGGACUUGGAACAAGCCAUUAAUGAUGGACUUUAUUAUUAUGAAGAGGAUUUGUGGCAUGAUAUCGAUUUUGAUCGUAGUUCAGUUGGUAGUUACAAAACCGUUACUGUGAUAAGCCAAGAAGACUUCCGCAAAUUGGCCCCGCCUGCACCUAAAAAACAAAAUCCUGAUACACCACCCCCGCCUCCCCCACUUUUUACACCACCAGCUGCUGGAGGUAAUGGUCAACAAAAUCAAAACCGGAAAGGUCCGAAAGCGCCCAAUCACCGAAAUGUUCCUAGAUUCUAUGCUGUUGUUAAAGACGAAAGACCUGAUCCAACUACUCCAAGGAAGCGCAAAACAAGGCACUCUAGUAAUCCUCCAGUGGAGCAACAUGUGGGUUGGAUAAUGGAUGUUCGAGAGCAUCGUUUAAGGACCACAUCCACCGGAAGUAGCUAUGGUGCAAGCCCAAGUGAAGGUACCUUAGGCACUAGCUAUGGUAGUCUACCUCAAACAUUGCCUUCAUUCCAUCAUCCCUCUCACGCUUUAUUAAAAGAGAACAACUUCACUCAACAGGCGUAUUCCAAAUUUAGACAAAAGUGCCUUAAAGAACGCAAGCGGUUUGGUAUUGGUCAAUCCAAUGAGAUGAACACCCUAUUCCGCUUCUGGUCAUUUUUCUUGAGAGAAAACUUCAAUCGCACCAUGUAUAACGAAUUUAAAUCCUUAGCUUUAGAAGAUGGUGAACAAGGUUAUCGAUAUGGUCUCGAGUGUUUGUUCCGUUUUUAUUCUUACGGGCUUGAAGUCAAAUUUAGACCCCAUUUAUAUGAAGAUUUCCAAGAAGAAACAGUCAGAGAUUAUGAAAAUGGGCAGCUGUAUGGUCUAGAAAAAUUUUGGGCUUUCAUGAAAUAUUACAAGCAAGCAACUCAUCUAAGUGUUAACCCUAAGCUUAAAAAGUAUUUGUCCAAGUUCAAGACUAUUGAGGAUUUCAAAGUGGUUGAGCCAAGAAUAAACGAGAUCCUUCAACCACAUGCUAGAGGGUAUCGCAUGAGGCAGAGAAACCGUACCAUUUCUGAGGGUCAAAUAGCAGCUGGGCCAAGUACGUCACGUGGUGAUAGUCGUAGAUCAUCUACCUCCAAAGACAAAUAUGAUGCUGGACAAAAUUACCCACAACCUGGAACUAGUGCUCCUGCUGGUACUGGCUUUAAAUAUUCAAGAAGUCGUGCUCAAUCUUUUGGUUCUGGGCGUAUCCAAAAAUCCGUUCGAACGCGCACUGAUUCCUGAAAAACCAAAGCAAGUGUGCCUCAAGGUGCAUCCUCGAACCCACCAGCUGAAUAAAAAAAUCCAUCAUUUACAAUGCGACUUCAAGCUCGCACAUAGGUUUUUACUUACUACGUAAUGUUACAUUUGUUUUAGUUUCCAGAUUGGCUCAUAUUUUUAGCCUGACGACUUUACCAAUCACUACAAGUACAUAUACAAAUUUUAUAACUAGAUUUACUUAUUGGUGCCAUUUUCCAUAUUGAAUGUUAAAAGUUUGAAAAAAACAGAUAGGUUUGAUAUUUUUCUAUAGGUGAUGUUGUAGUAAAUAUGGUAGGUUAUUUGCACAAUAAUUGACCUGGGUAGUGCAUUUUGUAAAACCUGUUUAUCAAAGUCUCAGAAGCAUUUUGAUUUUAUACUCUAUAAAAAACUGCCUUUUUUGCAUGUUAUUUAUAUGCAUUAUCCUUUUUUGUAUUGCUUAUACACCUAUACUCGCCCAUAUUAUGUUUUUAUCAUUUUAUCAUUUUUAUUGAGUAAAAUAAAACUGAAUCUGGAGUCAAAAAUAGAGUAAAAUUAUGCCUAUAUUUUAUACAUCAACUGAGGUUUUCAGUAUUAGGAAGAGACUUUUUUUUAAAAAAUAGGUUCAGUUAAAAGUUAUUAAUAUCUUUAAUAUAUCUGGUUAACUAUCUGCUCAAAAACGACCUGCAAAUGCUGGUUAAUUUUUGUUAUUGGCUUCGAUUUUGUGUGGCAAGUUGGGGCAAGUAUUGUCCAGUGCCAGGGCAAAAAACUGAAACAUAAUAAGAGCUAUGUUAUACUCUAAAAAUAACAUUACCAAGGUGCAAAAAGGUAUUGAUAACUAUUAAAAAAAAUUAUAAAUUUUUAUACAAACGGGUACCUUCCUAGGAACAUUCUUUUUUUAGUUUGUUUUGCAACUGUUUUCUAUUGCUGAAAAUACUAUACUUAGAUAAUUUAGAGAAAGCCAAAAAUGCAAUAAUCACUUUGCAGUCUCCUGGUAAUAACUAAUUUUUUAACUCCUUAUACUGAAAACCUUGUCUUUUAUGCUGCUGCUAUUUUCAGAUUUUAGUAACUUUUGAGCAGCAGUUAUUAGACAUAAAGAGGUGAUGUAAUUGUUUUUUAUAUACUUUUUUCAGACCACUUUUUUAUGUCGGAAAAUUCUUUAUGCACAUAUUUGUUAGCAUUUAUUAGAAAUUUAUUGAAAUUGUUUUUGAAUUUAAACCCAUCUUUCUAUAUAGACAUAAGUUAGAAAAGGAAAGAAGUUGCAGAAAACACUACACAACAUUCUUUCAUAAAAACAGUCAGUAACAGACCAUAUUGGUUUUUAUUACAAAUAUAAUUAUAAAUGUAUUUUCAAAAAUUCAUGACUAUUGUUAUGGGUAUAAUUUUCUGUUGUGGUAAAUAAGAAAGUUUAUGUAUAUAGAAGCUCACUAUAGGAAUACUCGCGUUGUCUUAUAAACAGGCUGUUUUUGCUUUGGCAUCAUAUUUAGUCAUAUUUUGUGUGUUAUUUUAAGACGCUUAGAUGUUAUUUAAGUUUUCAUUCUUACGACGAUGAUAGUUCGAGUAAGAAUAGUGAGCAGAUUUCUAUAGUUUUAUUUUUUAAUAUACAGGGUGUUUCUUCAUAGAUUGACACUCCACCUGCAGCCUUCACCCUCACAGACAGAAAAAUUUGUGAAUAAAAAAGUUGUUGACUUUAUGGAAUCCACCAUAAAAAAAAAAAUAUCUGUAUGAUUUUGCAUAAAUAAUUUUUUUUUUCAAUGUAAUGCUCUUAUAUUAUUAGGUGUGAAAAGCACAAUUUUGCGAUCCCAAAGAGUGUGGAAAUACCAUCAGAAAAACCUACUUUAGAUUUUGUGAACUACUCCACCUGUAAAGGUAAAGGCUGCAAGUAAGGUGAUGCACAAAAUCUAAAACGUAAUUUUUCCUGAUGGUAGUUUUUGCAAUUUUUUAGAGCCAAAUAUAUUGAAAGCGGCUUAACCGAACAUGGGCAAAUUAUAUAUGUACAUAAUUUUUGGAAUCUCAAAAUUGUAUUCGUCAAGAUUAUGAAACCAAAUAUUAUAGGACGUACAUACUGACAAUUCAUUAUUGAAUUCAUGCAAAAUUAGAAAUUUUAAAUUCAAUUUCCUUUUUUGAUGUUGGAUUCUAAAAAUUUCAUUUAAAAUUUAAAAAAACAUAAUUUAGACUUUUUUUCUACCUGUAAAGGUUGCAGGUGGGGUGUGCACUAUAUAUGGGAAAUAAUACCCUGUUCAUACUUUAGACAAUUUUAGGAAAAAAAUUAUUCGCAUAUUUUUAUUUUGUCAAAUCUGGUAAAAAAAAAAUCGUUAAGUCACAUUUAAUUUGAUUAUUCAUAUACAUAUUUUUAUUAGGUUUAUAUUAGCAGUACGCAUUUUUCUUGGGGUGAUUUAUAUGCUUUCUUAUAAGUUUCUUUGUUUUUUUGGUUUGUUCAAAAUUUAUGUUAUUAAGAUGUGUAUUAUAGAAAUCGCAAGGAGUUUUUAUAUGUUGUAUAUAACUAACUUAUUGGGCCUUUUCGGAAACGCUGAUCGGAAUAACCGGAUCACCAGCUGAUCUACUUUGUCUUUUUUCAAUCUUGUUCAUUAGAGGAAGUUAAAAAACGAUCAGCUGGUGAUAUGGUUGAUCGGAUCAGCGUUUCCGAAAAGGCCUAUUGCAACCAUAUUUAUUAUUAUGAAAUAAAAAAUUACGUACCUACCUAUUUGGAAUAGCCAACAAAUUUUCUUAUUGAAAACUGUAGGCCAGAAAAAAAUUAUUGGGAAAAUAGAUUUAUGAAGUGAUGUAAUUUAUUUAUAUUCUGUUCCUGAUUUAUACAAUUUUAAUAGUGUUUCAAAUUGUCUAGUUUUUUGGUAAAUAAGAAUCAAAAGAUCUAAUCAAAUUGAAAUUCCACAUGCAAUAUCUGGAAAUUAAAUUCAUAUUUGGUAUGUAUUUUUAUAAUUUUUUCCUUCAAAGUAUUUCCAGUGAAAAGUUUUGCCAUGUUCCUCAUUCAUUGUAGGGAUUUUUCCAAUUUUGCUUGACUAACGAUUAUCUCACGUGUACAAAAAAAAGCUUAAAAGCAAAGAACUCGCAAGUUUAUUAGAGAGUAAUAAAUAAAGGUGUAAAUCGAAACUAGGAUUUAUCAUGACCAGAUUUUUUACUACCUAUCUAGCUUGAAACUGAAUUUUCAAACCCAAACAUUUAUUUUUGUUUUGAAACUUUCUAUGUAUCUUGACAACCUUCAACCCCUCAAGAUGACACUGAGCGUUAUGGUGAUGUUGAGUUGUGGUAAACAAAUAUAAUUCAAAUAUGCUGCUAUGUUUAAUUUAGUGGAGAGAUUGGAAUAAACCUACAUGGUGUCUGGAUAUUCGAGCGACAACGCUUGGUGGCAGACCUCGCAUUUCGAUAAAAAUUGACAUUAAUUUUCAAGAUACAGGGUAUCAAAGUUUUACUUUUAUUUUCGUUUUUUGUCAAUUAUUCCUCAAUAAUUCGACACAGCGAUCCGUAAUUACGUAUCGAGGGGUUUGUUAAGGCGAGCAAUACAAAUUCAUUCACGAUUUUGAUAUCACUAGUAGGGGGCGCCACCUGGCACCUACAGCACAUCAAACUUCUUACCUCUAGGGACUUGAACAAAGUACACCAUUUUAACGUUAGAAAGGUUGGAGAAUCGAUUUUUUCAAUAUUCACGUCGAUACACCAAACUGGAAAUAAGUUUUGCCAUUUAAAAAUGUUCGAUGUGCCGUAGGUGGCGCCCCGUACUAGUGAUAUCGAAGCCGUGGAUGAAUUUGUAUUUCUCGCCUUAAGAAACCCCCGAUACCCAAGUUCGGAUCGCUGUGUUGUUUUAUUGUGGAAUAAUUGACAAAUAUCGGAAAUAAAAGUAAAACUUUGACAACUGUAUCUUGAAAAUAGAGCACUUUAAGGCUGCAUGUUCCUAUCUCAAUUUUAAUGAAAAUUCGAGGUCUGUUACCUGUCAAGCGUUGUCGGUGGAAUAUCCGGACACCCUGAUAAUUCAACUGCAUAAAUCUAACUUAUUUUCAAUUAUCUAUUACAUACCUAUAAGUUUUUGUAUAUCAGGCCUUUAAUUUUAUUGAAUCUUGCACUAUUUAAACUUCAAUACACAACAAAAACAAAAGUCCCAUAUCUAGAAAAUUGGCAACAAUACAGGCAGUUUCUACAGGGCUUUCAUUUCAAAAUUUGUCACCAACGUUAUCUGUGUAAAGAGACUGAUUUCUGGAAAUCGUUCAAACACGCCAACAAAUGUAUUGAGGGGGAAUGUUUUUUUAAGUGUAACUGGUUUUCGCUUCUUCAACCCCCUAACCUUCAGGGCUACCACCCCAAAAUUUUUAAAUGAGACAGGGGGUCGAGUGAUAGAUAAUUUCAAAGGGCUGUUAAAUCUGUGGACCUGCGGGCUGAAAAGUAUCUUAUUGUGCCCACAAAUUAGGGCACACAUAGGUACUUUGCAGCCUGGUCGUACAUAAAUAUCAUUAUCUACUCGUUUUUUGUUUCAAAAUAAUUAUUAAGAUUGUAUCUCCAAAAAUAAUUCGUCUACGUUCCAAUAUUCCAUCCGGGAGGGAUGUUUAUUUCCCUGCACUCAGAGUAAGGGGAGGAAAUCUGGAAUAAUGGAAGGGACUGUGAAAUCACUUUGUUAAUCCUGUCUUCUGUCAUACACACUAAUAAGCAAUAAAAAAUAGUACAAAAGUUCAACUGAACAACCAAUUUUUCUUCUUACCACUAGUGAAUUGAAAGAGAUGAUAAAUUCACAUUUUUCCAAAGUUUUUGUUAAUAUUAUAAUUUUAUUGUGUUUUGUUUGUGAAUUAGAAAAGUGAAAUUGGCAUUUACUUGAGAAAUCUGCGAACUCUCUUUUGUUAUAUAUUUUUUCUAAUCCAGAGAAAAAUGAUGCUCCCAAAUGUAAUAUUGGAACGGCCGUGAGAUAAACUUAGCAUUUGUACAAUCGACGCUUGGGGCAAUUGCAGGCUAUUAAAUUUUAAGUCAAACAAACAAUACGAAAAACGUGAUAAUCAAUCGGCUCUAUAUUGUAUUGUUUUGCUCAACUCCUUGCAUUUAGUUGUAUUUGUAUAGCCUAAUUUAAGGUAGUUUUAGAGUGUGUUGUGGAAGUGUGUUGUCCGAGAUGUCUUCCAGUGACACCAAAAAAAAAUUAAAAAUUCUUAAAAAGCGCCAA